AUGGCUCUUGACACAACAGACAUUGUGGCGUUCGCAAUCUGGCUGGCCUGGAAUUGUCUGUCCACCACCCCUGAUCGUCUCAAAAACCAAGCAUUUGCCUUGAUCCUCCCUACCAUGGAAGUCCUGCAGCAGGUGGUGCUGGACUCGCAGUUUACCUUCGCCCCCGGCCUGUUGGAAGUUCUCCAUUCCACAACGCCGCCAGCAAUCUCCUACUUCAAAUCACUCCCCUUGCACACCAAGGUUUGGGCUGUGUACGUCCUGGUCCUUAAGAAGCCAGCUGAGCGACCCAAAAUCUACAUUGGCUGCUGUGCAGAGAAAAGAAGUGGCGUCGCUACCAGACUGGGCCAGUACAAUAGAGGCAUGAAUUUACCCAGGUUUGUGAGGAUUGCUCUUGACAAGGGCUAUGAUAUUUCUCACACGGGCCUUCUCUGCUGGACGAUGAUCCCCACUGCCGCGAUGAGAGUUCCAUUGCGGGCUGCCAUUCUCCUCCUUGAAACUACAUUUUCACUCUAUCUCUGGGCGAUGGCAUCUCGCGACAAGACCUAUGGCGUACCUACAAUUUGUCCUUGGCCAAUUGGCACCAUUGGAUAUGAUGGCUGUUGCUCACACGUCGCUUUCAACGAAGGGCUCCCUGGCACCAAUGAGCACUUGAGCCCUGAACAAGUCAACGCACUGGAUGCUGCAAGGAAGCUCCAAAACAGCCGUAGAGACGCGGAAACACGUGGAAAGGAGAAAGCUUCACGGUUUUCAAAGAUCACACGGGAAAGGAACCUGGCCCUCAAGAGAUUUGCAUGCGAUCCUUGCAACGUCGUCUUUGGUGCAGGCAACCAGCUGGAGAAGCACAAACGGACCCAAAAGCACAAGGACAAGAUGGCCGGGAUCGUCAGAGAAGUCAAAACACCCCAACUCAGGGUGCGCAUGGCUGCCAAUCUUGCUGCACGGAGAUAUUACUGCAGUGACUGUGAUUACACCGCCGCGACUCAGCAGAAGCUCAAUGCCCACUUGAAGCGGCCAAAACACCUCAAAAAGAGCCCUGGAAAGAAGUACAAUCUGGACUACUAUUUGGACCUGGUUGAUAAGCUUGUCAAGCUUGACAUUCACGUCCUUGGUAUCAAGGAUAUGGCUGGUGUCCUCAAGCCUCAUGCCGCCACCCUUUUGAUCGGAUCUAUCCGCAAGAAGUACCCCGACCUCCCCAUCCACGUUCAUACCCACGACUCCGCCGGUACUGGUGUCGCUUCCAUGGUUGCUUGCGCCAUGGCUGGCGCUGAUGCCGUUGACGCUGCCACUGACAGCUUGUCUGGCAUGACCUCUCAGCCCAGCAUCAACGCCAUUCUGGCAUCCCUCGAGGGUACUGGCUUGGAGCCUGGCCUGGACGCCCGCCAAGUUCGCGCCCUCGACACUUACUGGUCACAGCUGCGUCUUCUCUACUCUCCCUUCGAGGCCCACCUUGCCGGUCCUGAUCCUGAGGUGUACGAGCACGAGAUUCCUGGUGGCCAGCUCACCAACAUGAUGUUCCAGGCUUCUCAGCUUGGUCUGGGUUCCCAGUGGCUCGAGACCAAGAAGGCCUACGAGCACGCCAACGACUUGCUUGGCGACAUUGUCAAGGUUACUCCCACCUCCAAGGUUGUUGGUGACCUUGCCCAGUUCAUGGUCUCGAAUAAGCUCUCCCCCGAGGACGUCAAGGCUCGCGCUUCGGAACUCGACUUCCCUGGCUCUGUACUGGAGUUUUUGGAGGGUCUGAUGGGCCAGCCAUACGGCGGAUUCCCUGAGCCUCUUCGCUCUGACGCUCUGCGUGGUCGCCGCAAGCUCGACAAGCGCCCUGGUCUGUUCCUGGACCCUGUCGACUUCGCCAAGGUCAAGAAGGAUCUGGCCAAGAAGUACGGCGCCCCUGUUACUGAGUGUGACAUUGCAUCCUACGUCAUGUACCCCAAGGUCUUUGAGGACUACAAGAAGUUCCAGCAGCAGUACGGUGACUUGUCAGUCCUGCCUACCAGAUACUUCCUCUCCAAGCCCGAGAUUGGCGAGGAAUUCAACGUGGAGCUCGAAAAGGGCAAGGUUCUCAUCCUGAAGCUUCUCGCCGUCGGUCCUCUUAGUGAGAACACCGGCCAGCGUGAGGUCUUCUUCGAGAUGAACGGUGAAGUUCGACAGGUUGCAGUCAUUGACAACAAGGCUGCCGUUGAGAACGUCAGCCGACCCAAGGCCGAUCCCAGCGACUCCAGCCAAGUCGGUGCACCCAUGUCUGGUGUCCUGGUUGAACUUCGUGUGCACGAGGGCUCUGAUGUUAAGAAGGGUGACCCAUUGGCUGUCUUGUCAGCCAUGAAGAUGGAAAUGGUUGUCUCUGCUCCUCACAGCGGCAAGGUUGCCAGCCUCCAAGUCAAGGAGGGCGAUUCAGUCGACGGCUCAGACCUUGUGUGCAGAAUUACAAAAGCUUAG